UUGCCUCUAGAUUUUAGAAUUGGUUGUUAACUUUAAAAAAAAAAAAAUUUUUUUUACAAUCUACACAGCAUUAUUGAAAUUAUCAUUAGCGAUUGCUGCAUGUGACUUGUUCUGAGGUAAUCUAGCUAGCCUAGUCGGCUAUUAUCCGAAUCGAUGUAGCUGGAUAUGCUAGUUAUGGUUUGUUUACAAACCAGUGUUAGUGGACUAGAAUGCUAUGAUAGCUGUGAUAGAAGUUAUUUUUGUCUAACGUAGUAUAUGACUACUCUGUAGUCACGCGUAAAACAUGCUGGGUAGCUAAGCACAUACGAUAAAAUCGUUAAAUCUAACAUUUCACUUGGGAAAUACCAUUACUGAAUGUACCGUAGCUCGCUAACUAGCUCUAACGUUGGCGAAACAUGCCUUGCACUUGUGGCAACUGGAGGAGGUGGAUUCGGCCCUUGGUUGUGUUACUGUAUAUCUUAUUGCUUCUUGUGGUCCUGCCAUUGUGUAUAUGGGAACUGCAGAAAUCCGAGGUUGGCACUCACAACAAAGCAUGGUUCAUCGCUGGUAUAUUUGUUUUCAUGACUAUACCCAUUUCUCUGUGGGGAAUCCUGCAACAUCUUGUGCACUACACUCAGCCUGAACUGCAAAAGCCAAUCAUAAGGAUAUUAUGGAUGGUACCAAUAUACAGUUUGGACAGUUGGAUCGCUCUGAAGUAUCCCAACAUUGCUAUCUACGUGGACACAUGCCGAGAAUGCUAUGAAGCUUACGUCAUCUACAACUUCAUGAUAUUCCUCCUGAAUUACCUGGGGAACCAGUAUCCCAGCCUAGUGUUGAUGUUGGAAGUCCAGGACCAGCAAAGACAUCUACCACCAUUGUGCUGUUGUCCACCUUGGCCUAUGGGAGAGGUGUUGUUAUUCAGAUGCAAACUCGGUGUUCUGCAGUAUACAGUCGUUAGACCCGUCACCACAGUUAUAGCACUGAUCUGUCAGUUGUGCAACGUGUAUGAUGAAGGCAACUUCAGCUCCAGAAAUGCUUGGACCUACCUGGUGAUCGUCAACAAUCUGUCCCAGCUGUUUGCCAUGUACUGCCUGGUCCUGUUCUACAGGGCUCUGAGAGAGGAGCUUAACCCCAUCCGUCCUGUUGGGAAAUUCCUGUGUGUGAAGCUGGUGGUGUUUGUGUCUUUCUGGCAAGCUGUGUUCAUUGCUUUCCUUGUGAAAGUUAGAGUCAUUUCUGAUUCUCACAUCUGGGACUGGGACAGUGUGGAGGCUGUAGCUACAGGCUUACAGGACUUCAUUAUCUGCGUGGAGAUGUUCCUGGCUGCUAUCGCCCACCACUUCAGCUUCACCUACAAGCCCUACAUCCAGGAGGCUGAGGAGGGCUCCUGCUUCGACUCCUUCAUGGCCAUGUGGGACAUCUCCGACAUCCGAGCCGACAUAUCGGAACAAGUGCGCAACGUCGGACGAACGGUUCUUGGCCGACCCAGGAAGAUGUACUUCGGAGACGACGACCAGGAGCAGAACGAGCACACGGGCCUCCUCUCGGGGGGCCAGGAGCCCAUCACAGAGACGGCCUCCAACCCCCCCUCCCCCACGGGCCGCUACCAGGGCCUGGGGCGCACCCUCACCCCCCACUCCCUGUCCGCCCCCGCCGGGCUCAGCACCUCGGUCUGGGAGGAGGAAGACCUCGCCCAGCCGUCAGACUCCCCUCCCCGAGAAACAACUGACCUUCCCAACGCAGGCAACGGCGCCAUUUCUUAGUUAGCCGUUAGCAUCGCCGCCCGCCUAGCCUGACGACUCCGUUUGUGGAACAGACAUGCACGGGGAAACUCUCACCACAGACACUCAGGGAACCCUCGUGUUUCAUUUUAACACUGUCCCUGAAGUGAGCAAAGCCAGAAGAAUAACGCAAGGACGUGCUAAUGGCUUCACAGCCGAGCGACUUCUAAGCGCUUCGUCCUCCUGGGUGUUAGCGCUAGCGGACCUUUCAUUAGGCGAGAGCGUUGGGAAGGACACCUCCCCCUCCGCUUUGUGAAUGUUUAAUUUGUGUACUUAGUGCUGGUAAUGCCAUACUUAUCCUGCCCUACAGUUACAGUGCAACUGAUCUUGAGCUUUUUGCUACCGUCAGCCUGUUUGUUUAGGUAUUUACUGGACAUUUAAGGUUUUUGCUUUUUGUUUUCCUUUAUUUUCUUUAGUUUUAGCUUUGUUCUCUUGACUCCAUUCUCCUGAGUCUUGACCAUGACACUACACCACUAAACAAUGCCGUUUUAUACACCGAUGCCUCUUUAAUGCAUUACGCUGUAUAUAAAGGCUUUGAGUAUAUUGCUAUGUGCAAUUGGCAUUUGUUAAUGCUGUUGUCCAUGUUAAAGCAGCAUUAUUCACACAAAUGUCCGCACACAAGUCUGUCAAUUUGGAGUAAGCAUAUCCUCUUGUGAAUAAUAUCCUACAUUCAGUGCAGUAGACGGAGUUAUGUUAUGCCAGUUUUAGGGUAUCAAUGGUCUAAGUUGGACCUGGCUUGGAAUAGUUACACAAUAGGGUGAGAUUGUCCCCAUAAAUGGUUACUGAACUUCAAGCAUUUUCAAAGCUCACCUAUGAUCCCACCAUUUAAAGCUGCCAUUUGUGAUCAUACAGUUACAUAACACUGUUACAUUAUCACUGUUACAUCAUUUUUUUUGGUUUAGACCUUUUGUUACAUUAAUCCAGCGCUACUCAACUCCAGGUCCUGCGGUCCGCAGUGUCUGUAGGUAUUUGCUCCUACCAUGCGCGACACCACCUGAUUUCACAAAUUGUUUUACCUGCUUGGUUCAGAUAAUAAGCUAAUUAGUGAAAUCAUGCGGUGUCCCCAUAAAUGGUUACUGAACUUCAAGCAUUUUCAAAGCUCACCUAUGAUCCCACCAUUUAAAGCUGCCAUUUGUGAUUAUACAGUUACAUAACACUGUUACAUUAUCACUGUUACAUCAUUUUUUUUGGUUUAGACCUUUUGUUACAUUAAUCCAGCGCUACUCAACUCCAGGUCCUGCGGUCCGCAGUGUCUGUAGGUAUUUGCUCCUACCAUGCGCGACACCACCUGAUUUCACAAAUUGUUUUACCUGCUUGGUUCAGAUAAUAAGCUAAUUAGUGAAAUCAUGCGGUGUAGCGCACGGUAGGAGCAAAUGCCUGCAGACACUGCGGCCCGCAGGACCUGGUUGAGUAGCGCUGCACUCAUCUGUCACGUCUUCAUUUCUUUCCGUUGCGGUAGGUUUUACAAAUUUAUGGAAAUGAACUGACAAAUUUGUGUUCAAAUUGAACGUUUUUCUCUUCGGUUUUAAAGGACCAGUUAUGUGUUAUAAAUGAUUUCCUGCCAUAUUUUGUCCAUUCAUUAUUUACAUAUUUCUUGUAAGUAAAUCAGCGAUGCAAGUAUUCACAUUUUUUUGGAUAACUACUUCAACCAAAGUGGUUUCUGGUUUUUCCUAUCUGGAUAUAAGGUUUGUUUCAUUCCUUGACUGUUACUGUAUGGUUUCCAAUUUCUUUGGGUGCUGUUAAAGGCAAGUACAUGCCUUCAAUUGAAAAUUGAAAAGGAAGCCAUUUUGUGGAAUUAAAGAUAUGUGCAGAGUGGGAAAAGUCAUGUUAUUUGCAUCAUGAUGUUCAGGCAGACGAUCCAAAAAAUACACUGGUCCAAUUGUCUUUUUGUAGUUCUUAUGGUUUCCCUGUUAAAAAGUGCAGCUUAUUAACACCAUUAUAUAUUUGAUUACUCUCCUUUCUCUAAAUUUGAUUAUUGUGGCUGGAGACAUGGUUGACCCUUGAAAAGGUAGGGUUGUCACUCAGCACCGCAUUGCGUUGUAAUGUAAUGUGUCUUAUCUGUUCCUUUAAUCAGUUCAGGGGAUCACCUUAUGGAGAAGAGUUUCUGUUGUGUUUGUGCUGCGUUUUAUUGCCUUAUGUGAUGUACACCACAGCUCAUUAAACUACAGAACACCAACAGUAGCGUCACGUGGACGAAUAUCACCAUCAGAAGGGUUUCCAGAAAAGCACAGUACUGUAUGACACUUAAUAAAAUAAUUCAACAGUCUAUUCCAAAA